CGCUCGAGUCGCUCUCCUUCCCUCCGACUCGAUUACAAGCGGCAAAAAGCGGCAUUACACGAGACACGCCGCGCCGACAAAUCGACGGAUUAUGCCGGACGGGCGCCGACCUACCGGGAAUAAAUGAAUUGGCUAACGACGUGACUCCUCUCGUUUCUCGCCCUGCGUGCCCGGCGGUUUCCCUUAGCGACCUGUGCGUACGCGGGGGUUAGCGCGGCUUCGCGGAAACCCGAGGAUACGAAGGAUGCACUGAGAGAAAUGGCGAAUUAAUCUCGCGAAUCGAUUUUUGGCAGGUACUCGAACGCGCGGUGCUUAAUUCGCGAGAAAUAUGAAAUGGAAUCGGAGGAAUUGAUCAUGAUAUUUUCGAGAAGACGUUGUUGAUUCGGUAUUGCACCGAGAUACAAAAUGAGGUGAAAAAUGGAAUAUUUAAGACUAAACUUUAAAAAUAAAGUGAGAAAAACAGGGGGUAAGGGAAUCUUUUUCAUCAGUGAAACCUUAAUUAUGCGCGGUACCGUGGUAACAUUUGAGAUUAAACGAUAAUCCAAUUAGAAACGACAUACUGUUCUGAAGCUUAUUAACUGUUAAGAACCGAGUAAAGAGGAAUGGAAACGAUCGAGAUAGAUCGUAAGCAUGAUAAAGCAUUGCGUGCGCAAUGAGAAAAAUAUUAAAAAAUAAGAAAUAUUUGUAAGAAGAAAGUUCGUUGCGUUGUUUCGUUGUUUAAAAUAUAUCCUACGUACAGUUCUACUCUUGCGUACUUGAAAUGCCUUUGCGCAACCUAACUUGGGCUGUCAUUAUCAUUUGCAGAAAAAUUAAAGUUAAUACUCACAAAUAAAACACAUUUUACUGAUCAGAAUUUACAGACAUACCAUAAAUAAAUGUUAUAUCAUUACAAAGAACCACACAAAAGUAAUAAAUUUAACACUAUUCCCAGGUUACUAAAAAUUGUAAUUACAUAUAUUACACGUCGGUAAAAUUAACAAGUUAAGAAAACUAAUUUUCAGCGCACGAGAAAUUCCUGACGAACGGAUCUUUAAUUGUCUGAGUGGAAAGAAUUCAAUUAAAUCCCGGCACACGGGUUUAAUAUAAUUUGAUUAAAACAUACGACCGAUAAACAGGCAGGGAUGCGAGUCAGGUUCGUAGCCAACGACGCCUUUCCGAACCUUUUCUCGCCCCAUCUUUCUUCGGCAACACCCGCCGAAGCUUUCAGGAAGCAAGCUACUAAUUAACGAUUAUCACUCGUUCACGGGGCACUCGAGUGGGAAUAUAAUUAGCACUUACCUUUGUGAGCCGAGACGCUGUUAAAACACUCGACCGACCGAUCUUGACGUCUCUUAAAAUAUCCCGAGAACGUCCGGAAAGUCAUCUUCGAUCCGGCGACUGGAUCACGAGAGGAAGAGAGAAGUCGAUCGUAACUUUUUUAGAGCGAUUCUUCAUUCGAUAUACACAUUUCUGAGUAUUCGUUCUCUGCAAAAGAGAAAGAGAAAAUUACAUAAUUCAUAUUCACAAAAACUGUAUUACAAAAAUUGUGGAUUGCUUGAUAAAUCAUUUCGUUGAAACGUGAUAGGUUUAAUAUGACGAUCACUGACUAAAUAAAAAUUCACCAUUCACACGACACUUUUCAUGUACUCUUUAACAUAUUCCAAACAGUAGGAGCCGUUUACCUGCAAGAUGAACGACUUCGAUCACGAAGAACGGAGAGCAAGUAACGAACGGCGCGGUAACUUUCGAAAUGAGUCAGGGAACAUGGAGAAUCGAGGGAAGAAUCGAGACAUGGAGACUUUUAAGCGAUUGGACAGCAUUCAGGAUCCAGAGAAGAGAUACAUACUGAAAGAUCGCGUCGGCUUCGGUGCAUGUGGCGAAGUGUACGAGGGGAUCGAUCAGCAAGCUGGAAACAAGAGGGUCGCCAUUAAGAUCCAGAAACUCACGCCGGAAACACAGUGUCUGAUUGUGGAGGAGUAUUGUAUACUUCGUGAUUUCGCUGGUCAUCCGAAUCUUCCGGAUUUUUACGGGAUAUAUCGCAGACGAUCCGCGAAGAAGUCCGAAUACGAUCAAAUAUGGUUCGUCAUGGAGCUCUGCGAAGGUGGGACAGUUAUGGAUUUUGUCCGCGGGAUAAUCGCAAGUGACAAGCGAAUGCAGGAAGAACAUAUUGCCUUCAUCUUGAGAGAAGUAAUUAAGGCUUUGAUCCAUCUGCACGAGCACAAUGUGAUACACAGAGAUAUCCGCGGUAACAACAUCGUUCUUACGAAGGAAGGGGAAAUAAAGUUGGUGGAUUUCGGACUUUCCAGAAUGGUGAAAACCGAGUCUGGAAAAGGUCAUACCUACAUAGGUUCACCGUCCUGGAUGGCACCGGAAGUCAUUAGCGGCAAAAGCAACGCGACCGACGUUGGGUACGACAGCCGGGUUGACGUAUGGGCGAUCGGCAUUACGGUGAUAGAGCUGGCCGAUGGCAAGGCGCCCUUUGAGGACAUGCAUCCAACGCGUGCUCUCUUCCAGAUCGUUCGGAAUCCACCGCCAACCCUCUACCGGCCCGCCAACUGGUCAGGGAAUCUCAACGACUUCAUCGCGGAAUGCCUCGAAAAAAAUCCCAAGAAUAGGCCAUACAUGGCGGAGAUCAUCGAGCAUCCCUUUUUGUCAGAGCUACCCGAAAACGAUUAUCCGUUGACGCAAGAAAUUAAGACACUGGCAAUGGACGUCUUUAAGAGAGGCAAGGAAGGAAGAAAAGCAGAAUCGAUAAUUCAUAAAGGUUUCUUGAAGACUUGUCAGGAUGAACCAUCGGAGCAAAUGAUCACGGAGGAUCUGGCGGCACUGGAUAUUCUAACUGAUGACGUGAUCCUGAAUGAACUUUGCGAGAGGCUACAGCGGGGUGAAUAUCACACGUUUGUCGGCGACGUGCUACUGAUACUUAAUCCAAACGAAGAACAUAAUAUUUACGACACUUCCUAUCACGCAAAGUAUCAAUGCAAAUCGCGGUCGGACAAUGCGCCUCACAUUUAUACCGUGGCGGACAGCGCGUUUCAGGGCGUUAUGCAUAACGAGGAACCGCAACACAUAUUAUUGGCCGGUGAGAGCAACUCCGGAAAAACGACAAACAUGCUAUACCUAGUGGAGCAUCUUAUAUUCCUCGGAAAAAGUGUGAACGAUACUGGAGCGAAAGUGCAGAGUGCCAUAAAAAUUAUUCAUGCCUUUACCAACGCGGCUACACUGCUAAAUGCUAAUUCCACCAGAUGCAUAUUGCAGGUACAAAUGACUUUCGGCUCGACCAGCAAAGUAUCAGGUGCGAUAUUCUGGUUAUAUCAAUUGGAAAAGUGGCGUAUCUCCACUCGCGACAGAAAUCAGUCAAACUUCCAUGCCUUUUACUACUUUUAUGACGGUCUCGAGGCAUCAGGGAAAUUAAAGAAGUACUGUCUACCAGGUGGAAGAAGACUUCGAUAUCUCAGAAUAACCGACAAGAGCGCUGAGAAGAAACGAGCGUUCAUAGUACGAGACGCUCCGCAGAAGAACGCAGUGCAGUUCGAGAAACUUAUCGAAAAUCUGAAGUUUAUGGAUAUGGAGGAACAUUGCGAGACUAUUUGGAAAAUCCUCGCAGCUAUUUUGAUUCUCGGAGAGAUUCGAUUUGUCGAAGGUAGUAACGGGGAGGCCGAAUUGGACAACAACCAGGCCGCUAACAGAGUUGCGGAACUCCUCGGUUUAGACCAGAAGAAAUUUAUUUGGGCUCUAAUUAAUUAUUGCUUGAUCGUGAAAGGAUCGGCAACACGCAGAAAACACACUUGCGAAGGAGCGAAAGAAGCACGGGAUGUCCUGGCGAAUACUCUUUAUCAACGUUUAGUGGACUGGAUAAUCAACGUCAUCAACUAUAAGCUCUCGAUAACUCGUAGCCUUUAUGGCGACAAAUAUUCCAUCAGUAUUCUCGAUUACUUCGGAUUCGAGUGUUUCUCGGUGAACCGAUUAGAGCAGCUGCUGGUGAACACGGUGAACGAACAAAUGCAAUAUUAUUACAACCAAAGAAUAUUCGCCUGGGAAAUGCAAGAACAAGAAGAGGAAGAUAUACCUAUGCGAAAGUUGCGGUUUUACGACAACAAGGAAGCGAUCGAUCAACUAAUGAGCAAGGAGAAUGGUCUCUUUUACAUUAUCGAUGACGCCUCGCGAGAACUGCAGGACGCACAAUAUAUCCUCGAGAGAAUCAAAGAGCGUAGAUGUAACAUCCACGUGAAACCGGUGAGCUCGCAUGAGUUUACAAUCGCACAUUACACCGGCAAACUGAUUUACGAUGCCAGCGAGAUGAUCAUAAAAAAUCGAGACUUUGUGCCGCCAGAAAUGAUCGGCACGCUAAGAUUUUCGUCGCACGAUGCAGUUAUGCAGAUGUUUACUAACAAGCUGACAAAGUCGGGCAAUCUAACGAUCGUUCAUGAAAAUUGUGUCACGACGGAGAAAACGUCGAAGAAGAAAUGGAGUGCUCUUAUGCAGGAGUCCUCCAAGAUUCGAAAAUACAAUACUGCGUCCAGAGGACAAUACUCUCAGUCCCGCAAGAUGCGGACGUGUUCGUCGACAUUCAGAGCAACGGGCCUCGAAAUUUUGAAAAAUCUUGCAGUAGGUGCGGGAAGCGGCGGCACUCAUUUUGUUCGAUGCAUACGCUCCGAUUUGAAUAAUGUACCUCGCGGCUUUUAUCGGGAAGUCGUCAGACAGCAAAUUAGAGCGUUAGCAGUCUUAGAUACUGCGAAAGCCAAACAACGCGGUUAUCCGUAUAGGCUACCCUUCCAAGAAUUCCUUCGAAGAUACAAAUUUCUAGCCUUUGAUUUUAACGAAACAGUCGAGGUGACGAAGGAUAAUUGCAGAUUACUUUUGAUCAGACUGAAGAUGGAAGGCUGGAUCAUUGGCAAAACUAAGGUUUUCUUGAAAUAUUACAAUGAGGAGUAUCUGUCGCAUUUAUACGAGACGCAAGUAAGAAAAAUCGUAAAAGUGCAGUGCAUGAUGCGUGCCUUCUUAGCGCGCAAAAGUAUCGCGUUAAAGAUUAAGGACAUCAAGAAAAAUAUUGUAAAGAAGGCAUCGAUCAAAAAAAACGAUUCGAUCACGGAGGAUGAAGCAGCAGUAAUGAUACAAAAAGCAUAUAGGGGACAUGCGGUACGAAAAGAAAUGAAGCCCUUACUCAAAGGAGAGAUGAGUCAAGAAACAAAGGACUUUAUCAAAUUUUACUGCAGUAAAUGGAGAUCGAAGAGCAUAUUUCAAGUUCUAUUACGAUAUCGUGCAGCCCGUUAUCAAGAUCUCGUGCAGCUUUCGCAACAGGUUCACCUAUAUAACCAAUCGAUAGUGGCAGCCUUGGAGAAAUCGAAUAAGCACGUAUCUCUCGAAAAAGUCGAUCCGAAUGCCAAAAUUGAUGCCGUAGGCAACGUAAAACCCCCUCAAGUUCACAAACUACCUUUCAAUUUGCAACAAGAAUUUUCGUGCUUCGACACAAGCUACAUGAAUGAUCCUGCAAAAGCGAACGUUAAACGUGCAGGAUCUAUAUAUACGUUGAGCGAUGAUGAGCAUGAAUCUUGGGAUGGACCGUUACGUAGACAAACUGUACCCUGGGCCAACAAUAAUGUUUACACCAGAGACGUCGGGGUUCAAACGACGAACUCGCCACAUCGCGUGCCGCUUCAUCGUGCAUCGAUCGGCGGAGACCAAAGUUUGAUCAACACUCCAUUCACCAGGGAUCCUGAUGUUCCAAUUCAUUGUCCACCGCAGGAAGCAUCCCGCAAUAAUAGCAUCUGUAGCUAUCCACCUUCGAGCAACCAUGGGUCCGAGUCCCAUAUUUCUUAUUCUAACAUCAAUAAUCAGAGAUCUAGGCACUUCAGAAAGAAAGCAGCACCGCCACCAAUACCAAUCAAUGAGAAACGACCCACGGCGAUGCGCAAUUUUAACAGUCACGAAUCAGAUGUUCGAAACAGAAAUAGCAUAGACGGAAAUGCGAAUUGGCAAUUUGAAGAUAGAACUAAUCGCAAUAUUAGCAGUAAUAUACGCGUGAAUCCCAUCAAAGAAUUGGAAAUGAUCGGACGCAGAAACAACGAUGACGAGAACGAUGAUGUACCUCCAUUCAAUUUUCAAGCGAUGCUGCGUAAAACACCUCAUCAGCGUGCUUCGAUGAAACGUAAUCCCGUGUACGAGAGUGCCGCACCGCCAUCACGGCUGCGGUUCCAUCAUCGCGACAGCGAAGACUUGUGCGAUACGAAUAUCGCCUACAAGAGCGGUAGCCGCAAGGAUUCGCCAGAGUGGAGCCCGAACGAGAUGAUCCUCAUGUCAGAAAAGUACGCCAGGGAGGCUGCAUGGGAUGAGGAACGCACCACCGACGGUGACACCAUUACAGAGAUUGCACCAGGCAUCGUUAUCAAAGGCCGUGUAGCUGAGCUAUAA